AUGUACUUACUUUGGCCCCGCACUUCCGCAAUUGCCGCUCGCGCCGACCAUGUCAUCCGCACGAUCCGCUCCAGCCUCCACCUCACUCCUCCAUCGCUGCGCCGCAGUGCCAUUAUGCAGGCCCAAGCUCCAAAAGGGAAACGAGCGCGUCUGGCCUGCAAGCCAUGCCGAGAGCGCAAGAGGAAAUGCGACGGGGGUGAGCCAUGCUCGACCUGCUCUGAAUGGGGGUACUCGUGCUACUACGAGGUCCGAAGAAGGAAGUCUCGGGCUGUACAACAGACAUCGUCGCCAGAGCUGCUUGCAUCUCCGCAGGUACAGAAUGCUUCUGAUCAUACAGCAGUCGAACCGGAUCCUGGUGGGCUAGUCCGACGGUUGGAGGCCAAUUCAGGCGCUGCCUUCGUGCGAAAACUGGGUCUAAAGAUCGACCCUCAAAAAGCUCCGAAACUCAACCUGUUCGGGUGGAAUAUCGGAGCGAGGCGGCUGUCAGCCCAGACGGUUGCUUCUUCGGUAUUUCCAAUUGUGGAGAUCACUUCCUUGGAGCAUAUUCAGGCUCUCGCUCAGGUCUAUUUCGACAAGAUUGCCCCUUGUUAUGGAUUCAUCGAUCAGCAGGCUUUCUUCGAGCAACUUUCUGAAAGAUGGAAAACACCUCUGCUACCUGACUUAUAUGAUAGCGUCAUUGCGGGUGUAGGGGCACUUGGCUGUCUCUUCUCCCAGCGAAAUGCCACUAUCACCGAGGUGCAUCUAGUCCGCUUAGCACGAUCCACAUUAGACGCACAUCAUCUUUCGGGGCCUCCGUCUAUCGAUUUGCUGACUGGCUGGACACUUCGCUCAGUCUAUCUCCGAAUGACCGACUCACCACACGCAACAUGGAUAGCGAGUUCGACCCUCAUGCAUCUGUUGGAAGCAUCAGGUCUUCACCCUGAAUCGCACUCUGUACUUCCACCAAGUGUCAAAGUUGAUCCCGAUCUUCAAAGAAGGCUCGUCGGUGUUGCACAUCACUUGAAUGUGUGGACAUCCUUUGACCUCGGCCUGUCCCGAGUAUCAUUCCAAAAGGACGACCUUCCUCUACCCCCGUCGCCGAAGCCUGGUGACUAUACCAACGAAGUUUUAGGCCUCCUCCCCGCAUCUCUCAGUCUAGACCCAGGAAGGUCCAAAGAUGAGGCCGAUCUUCCAGCAACACUUAUAAGGCUCCUGGACGGGGUCCACACUGCGCCACCAUCAACGAUGGCUCAGUGUAAUCUUGUACUCUGUAUUCUUCGACGGAUUCACUCUCAAAAUCUUGAUAUUUCUUCCGACCUAGCCGACAGAGUACUCGCCUUGCUCAAAAUGGGACUCGGCUGCGCUCAAAGUAUGGUCAUGGACUGCACGCCCUGGCAUCAAGUCGCAAACGUACCAUUUCACAUUAUCUGUGUUCUUCUGGUACUGGACACGCGCUCAUCACUUUCGAUGCUCCCCGAAGCAAUGCGAACUCUAAGUUUAGUAGCCUCUACCUACGACACAGAGACCAUGAGAGAAGCAUACAGUGCGGCUUGCUUGCUAGUAUUGCUGCAUCAACAACGCAGGAAGGAUGAUAUAGCCAUUCUGGGCGAGGCACUCAGCACUCAGCAAGGAACCCAGCUGGAGAUUUUAUCCCAGCCGACUCCCAGUGCCGAAGAGUAUAACUGGCUGGGGGCUCUGGUUGCAGACUUACCUGGACUCCAACGGGUAGAUCUGGAUCAGUUUUUGAAUGCGGAUAUGAUUGAUGUUCCCUCUUUCAUCAGCGAGUCUGCAUAG